CCUGAUGCUUCUUCUUCUUCUUCUUCGACCGAUUUCAUGCCAGAGCGAGAAAACUCUUGACAGAGAAAAACUGCUCCUGAAACCAUUCCGAGUGUAGCUUCUGGCGGGUGCUAACUCUCCGACAAAGUGUCCGACGUCGCGGCCGGUAAGAUAGGAACAGCCACCAACUGUGAGUGCCCGGCUAUGCCAGACACACUCAGCAGUCGAAAGUCCGAGAAGCCAAGUUUGAAAGUAGUCACACACAUGCAUCUUCAUCUUCCUCGGGGGUUGGUAUUUAUUAGACGACUUUGGUCUGUAGUCGUUGUUGAUUCAUUGCUUGUUGGUAUCUACAUAUCCUUUUUUUCUCCCCUUUCCAUCUCGUUAUCGUAUCCAGAUAUUCACAUCCAUCUGGUCCACCCAUUCAUCCAUGCGUCUUGCCGUGUCUGGCUCAGCUCAUCUCGAAUCAAUGACGUCAUUCCAUUGACUCAAUGCACAUGUAUACACAAACCAAACGCCAAGUAUGCCAAAAAACAACAGGGGCGAAAUCAGAAUAAAAUCAUCCUUCGAAAGGUGGACGCGCAACAGCAGCGAACUGCAUCUUGCUGGGUACCCACCAAACUGCGGAUGGGGGUAUGUAAUCGAUCUUGUGAAUGA